AGGUGGACCAUGUUUUCAUAAUGUGGAUUAUGCAGCACAAUUUCUUACAGCCUAUAUGCAUAAUCGUAAUCAUGAUUUAUUACAAACUAUUCUUACUGUACAAUCACUUCAACCGGAUACAUCAUCAAGAUCAAUAUAUGAAGAGAAAAAACGAAAUCAUUAUAAAAUGAUGGAUAUAUCAAUUUAUAUUACAUCAUUAUUAAUUUGUAUAUUAUUUCUAAUAUUUUUAUUCGGUGUACUAUUUACUGUGAAUCAUUUUCAACAUCAACGUACAAAGUGUCAUUUACAUUCAACUGGAUCAUUUCAUGGUAGUGGACGUUUAGGACAAAAAAUGAUUAAAAAAGUUCUUAAAGCAAAAAUCUGGUAUCCAAGUCCUGGUCUUAUCCGCAAUUCUCGAAUAGUUCAUAAUCCACCAAAUAUUUGUAAAUCUUCAAAAUUCACUGAUGAUCCUACUAAGUAUUUAUCAUCAAAGCUACCAAUACUGGAACAACACUCAACAACCACAACAACCACUUCAUAUGAGGAACAGAUAAGUGAUGUAAACACUAAAAAUAAAUGUUUUAGUGAAUUAGAAAAAUGUUUAGAUAUACUACAGGGUAGAGCUUAUGAUAAUACACUACCUUAUACAAUGACAGUUGAUAAUAAGGAUACCACUUCAUUAACAUCACCUCAUCAAUGUAACCUGAAUGAAACAUUUUCCGAUUUCGGUGAAAUGAAUACUAAAUUUACAGCUAAUCAUAUUCCUUCAACCUUAAUCAAAUAUACUACUACACAUACAUUAACAAUGCCAACUUCAUGUAAUUCACAAAAUUAUUUCCAUAAUUUAUCUUCAUUAUCCUCAACAGAACAUCAACAAAAUCAACGACAGCAUUUCUCAUAUAUGCCAGUAGUAGCAUCUACUGAAAAUAAUCAUCGUGAGAGUACAAGUGACAGUUUGAUGACAACUACUCUAACUAUGAAUGGGAUCAAUAAUUUCGAUGAUUUUGAUUAUCAACAAAAUGAAAAUCUUAGUACUCUUAAUAAUGAUAAUUUUCAAACUAUACAAGAGUUAGGUCAAUUUUUAAAUUCAAUUCAACAAUCAGAACUUAAUAGUUUUCAGAAAAUUCUACAAAAACUUAUAUUUGAUUACUGUAGUUCUGAAAUGUCCAUCAAUGAACGAUAUCAGCAUCAACAACAACGUUUUUGUACGACAUUUGAAAGAUUACAACGCCCUUCUUUAAAUUCCGAGAGUAACUCAGAUUUUACCAUAGUUUGUCAUCUUCUCACUCAAAAUGAUGGAUCAAGCACUCCAAAUACGGUUUUGCAUAAUUCUAUAAAUUCAAUGGUCUCUUGGCAAAUGAUAUACAAUUCUACACAUUUGCAUCGUCUACUGAAUCUCAGGUUUCCAGAUACCGGUGAAACAUUACUUCACAUAUCUGCAAGAUUUAAUCAAAAUAAAGCUGUCUAUAAUCUUUUAAACGCUGGAGCAGAUUUCUCUGCUGUUGAUAAUCAAGGUCGUACAGCACUUUACACUGCAGUUAGUGUGAAUGCAGUUGAAUCAGUUCAAGCUAUUCUCAGUCAUCCAACAUCGAGUUUAAGUCCAUUCUGUUAUUUGCCGAAUGUAUUACAAGAUUCAACAACACCACUUAUACAAGCAAUUAAAUUAGGAGAUAUCGAUAUAUUCAAUAUGUUAUUACAUGCAAUGAAUGUAUUAGUUUGUGCAUUGACGAAAGCCAAUAUUUCACGUGGUCAAGAAUAUACAAAUUAUGAUAUAAUUGGAACAUCAAACGAUUUACUUCAUAUUCAGUCUGCAUCAUCAUUAUCAACUGGAGCAGCAGCAUCAUCAUCUCCACCAACUGCUAACAGUGGUGUAGAAUGUAACUACGAAGAGAAUACUUUGAAUUUCCUUGAUAUUAACACUUCGGAUAGCUUAGGUCGAACAGCAUUACACUGGGCAGCUGUUACAGAUCAAUCGGAUGUUAUUCAUAGUUUAUGCAAUUCUGGUGCAACUGUAGACGCACAAACAUUACAUGAAGAAACUCCAUUGGCAUUGGCAUGUAGAGAGGGUGCGAUGACAAGUUGUCGUUCAUUAUUGCUAACUGGAGCUAAUUUGAAUUUAGCCGAUUAUUUAGAUCGUACACCGAGGGAUUUAGCUUAUUUAGGUGGACAUUAUGAGA